CCCUGUGAAUUAGAGAAAGCCAAAGACGUGGAGACCCUGCAGGAUAUGGCCUCAAGCAGCACUAAGGGCAAACUGGCCUGGCUGGAGGCUGCCCUGCAGCGGGCCAAGCAGGACAUGGCGCGGCAGCUACGUGAGUACCAGGAGCUCAUGAUUGUCAAGCUGGGCCUGGACUUCGAGAUCGCCACCUAUCGCAGGCUGCUGGAGGGCGAGGAGCAGAGGCUUGGUCUGGGACUCGGGGCAGGGAGAGAGGCUCCAGGCAGCGAUGUCAUUGGAGGUCCCGGCCUGACCUCGGUCUCCGCCCCACUUCGGGCACCAGGACUUUGUUCUCGUGGCCUGGACAUGAGCGCCCCUGGCGGUGUUUGCGCGCUCUGCAGCUCCGCGGCCUGUGUCGGGGGUUUUGGCUGCCUUGGCUCUCGGGAAUGUUGA